AGUCGUUCAGCGGUUCCUCGCGGUCCGAUCAAUACCUCCCGUUAAUCCAAGACCCUAGGUCAAGGCGACCUUAUGCUGCCAAAAUGGCGGCACGAGAGCGCGGAGUCUGCACACGACUGGCGAUUUUGAGUGAGAGAGAGGUCAGGAGUGGGUACUGGUUAAAGUGAUCAGUUGGAUCUGAUGCACAGCCAUUGUGGGAGGGACAGUGUGUAUGAAUACACAUAUUCUACAGCGCAACAUGGGCCAGUCUUCCAGGAAACUUCCUUCCACAGAUGCCGGUGAAAAUGGAAGUGCGAACCUCCUUCCAACGACCCCUACUUCCCCCACUACACCCACUACCCCCGGCCUAUCGGACCACCUACAGCCAACAGAGGACCAACCACAGGUCUAUCGGACCCGAUGGCUGAUGUUAGCGUUGUUUAGUAUCUACAGCUUCAGUAGCGCCUUUCAAUGGAUCCACCUCAACAUCAUCGCCAACGUCAUUCUCCGUUUCUACAACGAGAGCCUCCCAGAAGACGUCUUCCAGAGAGAAACCGCCAUAGAUUGGUUGUCGAUGUUGUACAUGCUGGCAUACAUUGUUCUCGUCAUCCCGGCCACGUGGGUCUUGGACAAGAAAGGCCUACGUAUAUGUCACAUUCUUGGGUCCCUACUGAACGCGAUUGGGGCCUGGAUUAAGUGUGCCAGUGUCAGUGGGGACAGGUUUGCUGUGCUUAUGUUUGCACAGACGAUGUGUGCUUGUGCCCAGAUGUGGGUUAUAGGAAUCCCUGCACGACUGGCAGCUGUGUGGUUCGGGCCUAAUGAAGUGUCCACAGCAACGUCUAUAGGUGUAUUUGGAAACCAGGUGGGUGUGGCAGCAGGAUUCCUACUACCCCCAGAAAUAGUCCCCAACUCCGACAAUCUAGACGAUGUAGCUAGAAAUCUCAGUAUAAUGUUCUAUGGGACCGCCGCCUUUACGACGCUUCUCUUCAUCAUUAUAGUAAUAGUACUGAAGGACGCACCGCCCAAGCCCCCGAGUCGGGCGCAGAUGUUGGCCGUGGAAGCUUCUAAAAACGAGGACUACCUUUCAUCCCUGGCAAGACUGCUCAAGAACCCGGGGUUCAUUAUGCUUACGAUAUCCUACGGUAUCAAUACUGGGUCUUACUAUGCUAUAUCAACGUUGCUUAAUGCUGUAGUUCUAUACUAUUUUGAGGGUCAGGAACAGAACGCGGGUCGUAUUGGUCUCACCAUCGUCCUGGCGGGGGUGCUGGGGUCAGUGGUGGCUGGAAUAUGGCUCGACAAGACAAAGACUUUCAAGGGCACCUCGCUAGCAAUCUACAUACUGUCUAUGGUGGGGAUGGUUGUAUUUACAUUCACCAUGAACUUGAGUCAUAUCUGGAUCGUGUUUCUAACAGCUGGGUCAUUAGGUUUUUUCAUGACGGGUUAUCUGCCAGUGGGAUUUGAGUUUGCAGCAGAAAUUACAUUCCCUGAAGGAGAAGGCACCUCGUCUGGUCUUCUCAACGCAUCAGCUCAGUUUUUUGGCAUCAUCUUUACGAUCGGGAUGAGGGCAAUGAUGAACCGCUUUGGUGUGCUCGCUGGCAACUGUACUCUGGCUGUGGCGCUAUUGGUCGGGAGCAUUAUGACUGCAUUUAUCAAAGCGGAUUACAGGCGGCAGAAGGCAGGACAAGAGUAUUUCGCCAAAUUGGACAACAUUGAGAUUGAAGUUCGCGAAAACAACGAAGAGGGCGACAUUGAACUAGCACAGGACAUGUAGGCACUUUCAACAAGGCAACUUCCUGGAGCAUUUAGUCUGUGUGCUCUCGAAAUCAAAAUGACAUUAAAUCGGAUAUCUUGCUGUU